AUGUUGGAACAGAAUCUGGAAGUUCAAAUGCUUGGCAGCCACUUGACCGCCGUGGCUCAGAGUUUUGAAGCUGUGAGUGACAGCUGCUUCAGAAACCUUGCUGAGGACCGCAGUGGAGUCAACCUCAAAGAUCUUGUCCAUGACCCGUCCUUGCUUGGAGGCAUAAUCUCUGCAUACAAAAUAGUCCCUGAUGAGAUUGACGAGAUCAAGGAGACGCUGGUGGACUGGUGCGAUGAGAAGGAGCUCAACUUGAUCCUGACCACCGGUGGAACGGGUUUUGCACCCCGUGAUGUCACGCCUGAGGCCACCAGGGAGGUGAUCGAGCGUGAAGCUCCUGGGAUGGCUCUAGCAAUGCUCAUGGGCUCCCUAAAUGUCACGCCACUCGGCAUGCUGUCCAGACCCGUAUGUGGAAUCAGAGGCAAAACCCUCAUCAUUAAUUUACCUGGGAGCAAGAAGGGCUCACAGGAGUGCUUCCAGUUCAUCCUGCCUGCUCUGCCGCAUGCCAUUGACCUGCUGCGGGAUGCCAUGGUGAAGGUGAAGGAGGUACACGACGCUCUAGAGGACCUGCCGUCCCCUCCACCACCCCUCUCCCCUCCACCCACCACCAGCCCACACAAGCAGACAGAAGAAAAGGGUGUGCAGUGUGAGGAAGAGGACGAGGAGAAGAAGGACAGUGGCGUGGCAUCCACAGAGGACAGCGGCUCCUCUCACAUCACAGCGGCUGCUAUUGCUGCUAAGAGCAUGAAGUCUCAUCCCAGCCAUGCUGUUGUCAUGGCGAAAGGUGGACAGCCCUUGAGUGGCUUCAUCCCGUCCACCUCCAUUCUGUCCCAUUUCACCUGCUCCUGCAGCGAUACGAUACCAGAGUCCAUCAUUUCACGAGGCGUGCAGGUUUUGCCGCGGGACACCGCCUCUCUCAGCACCACUCCCUCGGAGUCUCCUUGUGCUCAGCAGUCCCGCCUCUCCACUGCCUCCUGCCCCACCCCCAAAGCCCGGCUCACCUCCUGUUCAUCCACUUAUAGUGUCACAGAGGCCUCACGGAGAGAGUUCAGGGCUCACCUGGAUGAGGUCAUCACGCUCAAGUCAAGGUACUCUACCUUGGACCAGCUCCACUCUAGGCUGGAGGGGCUCAAAGAUGAUCGCAGGAACCAUAGGACCUUCGACUCGCGAGUGCAGUCACGAUGCAGCAGCAAGGAGAACAUCCUGAGAGCAAGUCACAGUGCAGUGGAUAUCACCAAGGUAGCUCGGAGACACCGCAUGUCCCCAUUUCCCCUCACUUCUAUGGACAAGGCCUUCAUCACUGUGCUGGAGAUGACUCCUGUCUUGGGUAACGAAAUCAUCAACUACAGAGAUGGAAUGGGUCGAGUUCUGGCUCAGGACGUCUACGCCAAAGACAACCUGCCUCCUUUCCCUGCAUCAGUUAAAGAUGGCUACGCUGUUCGAGCUGCUGAUGGUCCUGGUGAUCGCUUCAUCAUUGGAGAGUCUCAGGCUGGGGAGCAGCCCACUCUCACAGUUAUGCCAGGCCAAGUGAUGAGGGUGACGACAGGUGCUCCUAUCCCAUGUGGUGCAGACGCUGUAGUGCAAGUAGAAGACACAGAACUGCUACGAGAGUCUGAAGACGGUACAGAGGAGUUGGAGGUGAGGAUCCUGGUUCAGGCUCGUCCAGGACAGGAUAUCAGGCCUAUAGGACAUGAUAUCAAGCGUGGAGAGUGUGUGCUGGCUAAGGCCACUCACAUGGGUCCAUCUGAGAUCGGCCUCCUGGCCACUGUAGGAGUCACAGAGGUGGAGGUGCAGAAAUUCCCAGUUGUAGCAGUCAUGUCCACCGGCAAUGAGUUGUUAAACCCUGAGGAUGACCUUCACCCAGGCAAGAUCAGGGACAGUAACCGAUCCACACUGUUGGCCACCAUUCAGGAACACGGCUAUCCCACCAUCAACCUCGGCAUCGUCGGAGACAACCCAGACGACCUGUUGAAUGCCCUGAACGAGGGCAUUAGUCGUGCUGAUGUCAUCAUCACCUCCGGGGGCGUGUCCAUGGGUGAGAAGGACUAUCUGAAGCAAGUGCUGGAUAUAGACCUCCAUGCCCAGAUCCACUUCGGUCGAGUGUUUAUGAAGCCGGGUUUGCCUACUACGUUUGCCACCUUAGACACUGACGGUGCCAGAAAGCUGAUCUUCGCCCUUCCAGGUAAUUUCACCUACAGAGACACAGGGGCGACUCUUCUGGAGACUGUGCCCCUGAGUGACAGCGAGGCCAGCAGACUGCCUGUGCCUCCUCCCCCACGAGGAAGUAACCCAGUGUCAGCUGUUGUAACCUGUAACCUCUUUGUUAUCCCUGCAUUAAGAAAGAUGCAGGGGAUCCUGGACCCACGGCCCACCAUCAUCAAAGCCAGGCUGUCCUGUGAUGUAAAGUUGGAUCCACGUCCAGAAUAUCAUCGCUGUAUACUGACAUGGCACCACCAGGAACCACUUCCCUGGGCACAGAGCACAGGUAUACAUAAUUAG